GCUGGUAAUAAUAUUUACCUAAAUACGAACUAAUUAAAAUUAAUAUGUUAAUUCGAAGCAGGAUUAAGAUUUAUUAACUGCAGGCAUUUAGAAAAAUCUUCUUCGCAUUAUCGCAGAGACAGAAAGUUCUUUUCUCGCAGAAAAUUGAAGAUGAGUCGUCACAUCCCGCUGCUGUGCCGCGACCCUUUUUUCCGGGACAUCGAGCGGGACUUCUGGGGUGACCGCGUCUCUGGCGGCAGCAGCGGCAGCAGGGCGGCGCCAGCGCCAGUGUGGGAAGGCAAUGUCCCGGCCAAACUCUUCGAUCAGAACUUCGGCGGAGGUCUGUUCCCGGACGACACCAACGCUGGCACAUCGAGUCUGUACCACCGCAGCCGCCGCGGUCCCGUACACAAGUCCGGCGUCUCGACCGUCAACACUUCGCUGGAGAAAUUCUCGAUAAGCAUUGAAGUGCCUCAGUUCACCCCUGACGAGCUGAAGGUGAGGGUGAGCCAGGAGGGACAGCUGCUGGAGGUCGAGGGUAAGCACGAGGAGAGGGCAGACGAGCACGGUACGGUCGCACGGCACUUCGUCAGGAAAUAUCGUUUGCCCGACGACGCGAUGGUGGAGUUGGUGACGUCAUCGCUCUCGCCUGAUGGAGUGCUGACGGUCGAGACGCCGCGCAAGCCUCCUGAGCCCCCGAAGCCUUCUGAGCGCGAAGUGCCGAUCCUCAAGACUGAGAGGAAGAGCGCUCAGUGAGCGAGGAGCUCUCAACGCUCUCAAGUCUACGCGUAUGCAUCAUCUCAUCGAUAAAAAAUAUUACUUAGUACUCACUGCAGUGAGUGACAGAG